CUUGUUUCAUUACGAUGAUGGCAGAUAAGGAUACGAUAAAAGAACUUUUCAGAGGUCUUAAGGAUAUUAAGGUUAUUAAUAAUGACCCACUGAUAAAGAAGGCUGCGAUUUCUGGACUGUCAUCUAAGAAUGAGUUAGCAGUUAUUAUCUUCGAAAAGUCGGCGUUUCAUGAAAGUAAUUUUAAUCAAUUCGAUCACUUAAUCGAUAAUCAUGUUAUGAUUCAACAGAAUGACAUUUAUCAUGUCUUAACUAGUUCGAGCACGCCUACACCAAACGAUCAGAAAGUUACAGUGAUAUAUCCAGCUACACAGAAGCAUCUCGAUAAGCAUAGUAAAUCAGAAGUAUCAUUGUUCAGAGAGACCCCAGAGGUUUUCAAUACUAUCGUUAAACCAUACAUUGAUGGUUUACCUUUGAAAGAGACCAAGUGGAUAUCAUCUCUCGUUUCUGGAGAAGCCGAAAAUGAAACAUAUUACUAUAAAGGUAACUCAUUUGUCAUCGCAGCUGACUACAAAUGGGACAAACAAGAUCUUAACACUUUAUAUCUUCAAGUAGUAGUAAAGGACCUAUCACUGAAAUGUCUCCGUGAUCUGCGAUCCAGCCAUAUUCUCUUACUUAAGAGUAUGCGCGAGGAAGUUGGAAAUGUGUUGAAAAUGAACUGGGAUUUGGAUUUAAGUCAGGUAAAAUUAGCUGUCCAUUAUCAACCAACAUAUUACGUCUUCCACGUACACGUCGUCUCUGUCAAUUAUACCUCUUUCCCUGGACUGAAUGUCGGUCAAGCGCAUCUGCUAGACGACAUUAUCGAAAUGCUUUCAUUCAGUGGUGAUAUUUUUGAAAAGAUGACAUUGACGUAUCAUUUGUCGAAACUACACGCAUUGUACAAACUCCUCAAGCCAGACACGGCAUCAUUAAACACACAUGAUGACUCAGGCAAGUUACAAAACUAAAGAGGGAGUCAAUAGCUUGAGGAAAGGUGAUGAUGAGGUGAUAGUCAACAACAAUACUCUAUUACGGCUAGUGGAAAUAUUAAAGAUAACAAAAAUACUCACUCUAAUGAAAUAGACCAUAGCUCACCAAUUCCAGGUGAGAAUAGC